UAAACAGCAUUGCUUAUGAAACCAAAUGUAGGAGUCCCAGGUAGAAAUUGAACCCCUCUCCUAAUAACUACAGCUGUACCCCCGUGCUGUGAAUGUCUCCUUGCCUGUACACAUUGUCAAAGUUGUUUGGAACAAAGUGUUUUCUCUUGCCAAGGGUACUUUUUUGGUUUGUGUGUGUGUGAGUGUUUUACACAACCUGUUUUUUUUCUACCUGUGCAGGGUAAGUUUAUAGAUUGUAGCUCUGUCUCUACAACUAUAAAACCUAAGUGUUGGGAAGAUCUGCCUUACACAUCAGUUCCUCUUAGAUGUUCUUCAGAAGCAGCUGGUACGGUAAAGCUUUGAAGAGCAGCUACGUUUGUCCCCUUAUGCCCUGAAUGGAUACCGGCUGGUGAUUCCACUGUGUCAGAAACUCGUCCAUAACAGUCUGAUUUUGCAACGGGAAGGCAAGCAAUAAAAGUGUGUACAGCUGGUGCCUUUUGCUGACCAAGUCACUUGUAUAUUGUGAUAUAUACAACGUCGCUUAUCUCAGUUAUCUUUCUUUACCUCUCAGUACUCAUGAGCUCUUGCUCUUUGAACAUUUAUUCUGCUGGCUCUACUCCAUGAAAGGUCAGUACCUGCUGGUGCCCAUGCUUUAACUUUUGUGCAACAUUGAGCAACAUUUAGAUUUUAACGUUUGUGCGCAGAACUGUAGCACAGGAUUUUAAACCCCACUAAAGUGAUAUCGUAUCCUGCUCCAAGUUAGGUCUUGUUUGAGGCCUGAAGAAGCUACGCUGUAGCUGAGCUGCCACCCAUUGUGCUGGAGAGAGGAACAAGGGCAAGCAGAAGGCAUGGAGUGAGGGAUGACAAUAAAAUCAAGAAACAAGAUGCACCAGCUCUUUGUGAUCUUCACUGUUGUAAGGAUGGGCCAAUAAGAAAUGGCCUUAUUGGGCAGAAGCCGCCCUCUAUCAACCCUGAGAGACUGAAAGAUUUUGGUGAGGAGGAUUACCUGAACGGGGAUGUGAAGACCUGGGAAAUGAAGAUAGUGAGCCGUAAUGAGGAGUUACUCAGGGAUGCCCUUUCCCGCAUCCCUCAGUCAAGCAGUAGGACCAGCCUGUCAAGCAGUAACAAGCUGAUUCGAUUUGAAGAUAUUAGUGCAGCAGCUUUCAAAAUCCAGUGCGGUGUUCAGAAAACCCCCUGCAUGUAUUCUAGGCUAUCCAAGCAGUAUGGAAUGGACAUCUACCUAAAGAAAGAGUUCCUCCAGUACACAGGAUCUGUGAAGGAACGAGGUGUACUUUAUCUUCUGACAUCGUUGCCUCAGGAUCAGCAAAGAAAGGGGGUGAUCGUGGCUUCGGACAGUAACUUUUCCAUGGCUGUUGCUUACCACGCCUCAGAGCUCCGUAUUCCAGUGUUUGUCAUCAUGUCAACCAGCACAUCCCCGGCCAGAGUGAAAACGUGCCGUGAGUACGGUGCCAUGGUUAUAUCCUAUGGCACUACAGCUAAGGAUUCCCAGACGCACGCAAGAAGGUUGGCACAGGAGAAUGGUUACCUCUACCUUGAAGAAGAGGACAGUGCUGUCUACCUGUCGGGCCUGGGAACCGUGGGGCUGGAGCUCUACGAGCAGGUGCCAAAGCUGGACGCAGUGAUUUUCCCUGCAGGAGGCCACUGUGGCUUGCUGGCAGGGUCGGCUGCUGCACUCAAACACCUCAACCCACACAUUUCUGUAAUUGGAGUUGAAUCUGAAAGUUUCCCUGUAUUGCAACAAUCCUUAAAGGCUGGCCACCCAAUUGAAGACCAGGCUUGCAGCAAUCAUCACUUCUACGGAGAUGUGAGCGGGCUUUGCUUUGGCAGCAAUUCUUUGCAGCUGACUGGGAAACUUGUGGAUAAAGUUGUUGCUGUGAGGGAGGAGGACAUCCUUGUUUCAAUGCUGAGAUUGCUGGAGUAUGAGCGAGCCACGGUUGAUGCAGAAGGGGCCAUUGGACUUGCAGCAUUGGUUGCAGGGAAGCUGCCCGAGCUGAAGGGUAAAAGAGUGGCCAUUGUUAUAUGCAGUGGAAACUUGGAGCUACGUUUGCUGCAACAGUGCAUAGCUCGUGCCCUGACCCUCGAUAACAGAGUGUGCAGAUUUUCCCUUGUGCUCUCUGACAGCCCAGGAGACAUUUCAAAGCUACUGGAGAUUUUGGCUCGGGAAGAAGCAAGAGUUUUGGAUAUCAAACAAGAACGCACAUUUGUGACAUCUGAGCUCUUCACUGUUGAGGUCACCUGCACCGUGGAGACCAGAGACAAGAUCCACACAGCCCAGCUGAGGAAUGCGCUCCUGGAACGCUACCCCACAGCCGCCUGGACGGAGCGGUGAUGGGCACAGCAUGAGGGAAAGGGCCGAGGUCCUCUGACAAGUAUUUUACAGAGCCCUAAUCUUGAGGCAUUCAGAACAAAUAUUAUCUUUCGAAGCUGAACAGUUAGCGAAUAGUUUCAGGAUGUUUAUUUCCUGCACAGAAUAUAGUGAAUGUCCUUGGGAAUAAAGUUAAACUCAAGACUUUAGCUUAGCUAAGGGAAACUUCUAGUCUCUGCUGGUGUUGGAAUUCAAUAACUCAUUAUCAGCUGCCUGUCUGGAUUUUGGCUAGUAUGUAGGAUCCAAUGGCGUUCAAUAAAUAAACAGGGAGAAGGCAUUUUUCUCUACAUCUGAAUAUAGAACUCUCAAAGGUCUUUUGAUUUUGAUGCCUCUAGUUCAAGUAGUGCAGCUCCUUCUGCUGGACUUUGCCAUACUACUAGUAUAGUGAUUUUCCAUUUCCAAGCUAGAAGCAGUUUGCUGAAUCUGCUGCAGGAGCUAUAUACAUGUGUGUGGGUGUGGGUCUGAACACACUUCUGCUCUGAUCCUUGCUAUCAUGUGAGGAAAAAUUAUGCUAAUAAAAUAUGAUUUAAACACAACAACAAAAAAAACCCCUUGGAACAUAAAAGCCAAUACUGUAUUCUUUUCUUUUCUUUUUUUUUUCCAAGGGAACAUGAUCCUUUUUAUAAAGUAAGGUUCCAAAAGACCGUGCAGCAAUAAAAAAAAUUUAAAAAAGGAUUCUGAAUAUAAUUAGACCUCAUGCAGAACACAAAUGGAAUUCUUCCCUCUACUUUUGAGGACUUGGUAUAAAAAGUAGCAUAUAAAAUGGCUUGUGUUCCUUUAUAAAAAGGGGUCUCUCCACCCCUGUGAAUUUUGUAAUUAGCAUUCCAGUGAUCAUCUUAGUCUUCCUAAACCAGACUCUAUCCAUCUCACCGGACAGAUUAAGUACACGGUUAAGAGUGAAAUAUAUUUAAAGACCACAUGUUAAUAGCCCAAGGCAGUGCUGGGAGAAGAGGAAGCCUAAGUCUCAGGCACAUGGCUAAUGCAAUUAACAAAGAACACAUUGACCUAAAUACCAUUUUCAUCACUACAGGCAGAGACCAGCUUAUAAGGUAACAGAGUGGGAUGGCAAGAAAUGUAAGAGAAAUUCAGGCCCGCUUCUGAGGGUGCGUACAACAGUCACCUCUCCGCUUGUGCAAAAUUCAAUUUAAGGCCAGCUAUUCCACUUGCUUAAAUUUAACAACAAUUGACCCAAAUUUGGGGUGUAGGUACUUUAAUGAGAGGUCUUAAUCCUGCCUCUAGCAUAUCAAGUUGAUAAUUAAGUAUAUGAAAUAAAUAUUAUGUAUUUAGCAGUGCCGUAGCAAAGCUGAGCUGAAAAUCCAGCAAGGUCAGAGCGAGCGUCUCCACAGGCCGCGUGGGAUCAAAUCAUUCCAGUUCCCACGUGCAGAGCUGUGGGUGAGCUCUUGCUAGGUGUCCAUGAAAACCAACUUUUACUAUAGCUUUUUUGGGGAGAAAGUUGCCCAUAGCGAUGCUCCUUUGUUUUCUUAUUACAAUUUAUAAUUUGAGCUUCAUCUUUAGUCCUCCCCUGCAGUUAAGAAUGGGCUUGCUGGUACGUCUCCUUUGCUGGUGCUGCAGUGGGAAACUUUUGUGUCUCAAGCACAAUGAAGAAGUCCCAUGUGGAAGAGGAGAUGCCCUGGGGGAGGUGAAAGCUUUCUCUGCCCUCUCUUAAUUCUAGUCCAGGUGUAGGCUGGGAAGGGCAUCAUCCAGAGAGUUAGAGCAACCUAAACAGAGGGUCCCUACGGACUAAAAAGAAGGAACUGCAUAUCCAGUCUUACGCAGAUCUCAUCUGUAUUGUGUCUGCUACAUAUGGAUAUCCAGCUACAUCUAUAACUCAACUUGUGCCUGCAAGGUGGGAUGAAGAGGGCAGCAUUCUGGCUGUCUCUGCAGUAUUUUUUUCUGGGAAAUAGUUUGUUCGUUCCUUCUUAUUGUGGCUCGUGAAGGAACAGGAGUAGAAAAGGGACCUUCACAAAUGGACAAAUAAUAGAAGUUCACUGAUUUGGUCUGUUUUUUGAAGGACCACAUUGGUCUGCAUAUGGAACUAAAAGUUAUUGAUGCUCCAAUGGUUAGUUUCUUUCCCUUCUUGCCAUCCAGAAUGAUGGGUAUAGGGCUUGGACUCCAGAACGUGUCCUGUAAAUCACAGCCUGCCAAACACAGCUCCUUUCUUCACGGUCAGAAACGUUUAAGAAAUGUGUAUAGAAAUAUGUGAUGACAGACUAUAUACUGUGUACGUGCUACUUCCAUUGGAAGAAGCAAUGAAUCACAUCAUCAAAGAGCAGAUCUGGUGAUGUAAAACCACUAUAAAUAAGGGUUUAAUUAUCCUCUCAUCUCUUUUGGCAAAAUCUACGUGAGAAGAAAAUGGGAUUUUAUAACCAAUAUUCUCGAUAAUGGCCAACAGCUUCUACUGUCUGAGUCCUUGGUUUAUCAUCCUGCAUUAUCCUGAACUUUAUUUUUUUAGAUGCUCAGAGCAUCUAACUUCUAAUCAGUGGAAACGGCAUUUAGCAAGUCUUCACAAAACUGGGGCAAGAGAGGUAGCGGAUAGAGCAACCAAAAAUCAAUGCGCUCAAAAUCACUGUAUGAUUCUGAAAAUGUGUUUUGGGGGAGGGGGAGAAGGAAAAAAUAAUAAUAAUAAAAUGAUGUCUAGAAGUUACUUAAAUUGUCAACCAUGAUACAUGCAGUUUGGUUUUAUUUUUAUUGUAUUAAGUAUAACAUAAAUUGUAAAUCACUCUUCAGUGGUAAACACUUUACAUGUUCACAUGAUACCAGAGUUGAUUUCCAUGCUAUAUUGCUUUUAUAUGAGUCCAUUGGCUUUAAAGCCAAGCAGAAAUACUUCCAAGGGAAAAAAACCCUCCAAAAUUAAACAUUUAAAUGAAUGCAUGCAAUGGGAAAGAAUACUGAAAUAUCUGUGCUGCUAACCAUUUUGCAUUAUGAGCUAUAAUAGGAUUAUGGCAUUUCAAAGAUCUAAUAAUGUGUUUUUAAAUGUUUCAUUUAAAGAAGUAUUUUUACACAGUGUUCUUAUAUACCUUGAAAAAAAUAACUUUCAUGAUUAUGUACAAAUUUCACAAAUUGUUAAAUCAGCAAAAUGUAAAUCUAAGCAUUGUAUUUAUUUGAAAAAUAAUUAAAAUUAUGCUAUGCCACCUCUGCAAUGAAA